AUGUGGAAUAAAAAAAUUAUUUGGUGGCUGUUACUAGUACAUACGUUCAAUGAAAUUGAUGGGUUUCUUCCGUUACUGAAUUCAAGAAAUCCUGUAAAUUUUGACAAACAUCAACAAUUGGGACAAUUGAUAAAAAUGUGUUUCUCAAACCGCACGAACCCUUUGGUACUCACUGUAAACUUGAUCGAUAUAAUAGACCAACAAUCACGAGAGUCAAUGCAAUCGCCGAUCAGUAUUAUAGAUAACGAAUUUAAAGCUAAAAAUAUUCAAAUUUUCCACCCGGCAAGACCAACAUAUUUUUUGUCUACCGAUUCUGAUAAAAAACUUAACAACAUCCUCGAAGAAUUUAAAUCGAUGUCAAUAUGGAGCAUUGAAUCAAUUUUCUUCGUUGUUGAUCUCAAUAAUGAUAAUUACUGCAAGAAUGCUGGACGAGUACUGCAGACUUUGUGGAAUAAGGAGUUACUUUUUUCGUUUUAUGUAUGCAGCGAACCUCUGAGUGAUACAAUUCUGAUAUUUACAUUAAAUCCUUAUGGGCCUCAUGCUCCUCAACCUUGGGUAAAAAUGGAAACAAAUGACCAACUUGUAAAUCGAUCAACUCUCUUUUAUCAAGCUUAUCUAAAUGAUGACAGCAUUUGUCAAAACCUUACUUUCGAUAAGACAAAAGUCUUAGACGGCUACCCAGUAAAAGCUAUCGAAGAAACCCCACCAGGAUUCAAAUUGAACUGGACUAAAGGUAAAGCAUAUGGUAAAGAAAUCUUAAAAAUUAACCCAUUAAGAUUUAAACGUAGGUAUUUUUCGACAUUGUUUUCGGCUAUGAAUGUAACACCAAUCAUUUAUUUAGACGAUGACGGCUAUUAUGAAAAAGGAAAAGUUUAUGGGUUUUUAAAAUCAUUAAUUAAUGGGACCCAUGAUAUUGGUAUGAGCACGCGACAAAUUUCCAUGGUUCCUAAUAAGCUUAUUGAUACAGUUAAAUUAUACAAUGAACUCGGAUUGUUAAUAAUGACACAAAAAAGAAAAAUCGAGAUUCAUGUAGAAAAUAUUAAUAAUUAUUAUACAAUCGAUAUUGUUACACUAUCGGUAUUUACUUUGCUGAUUACAUUCACUGUAAUACUUAUUUACAGUAAAAGAUUGAGCGUUACUGUUAUAGAUAUUUUGCAAAUAUUAUUAGAUAGGGAUAUUAUGACGACAUUGGAACCAUUACCAAUGCGUUUUGUUUUCGUAAUUGCGACAGUAGUAAUUUUCAUUAUAAGGCCUGGAUUAGAACAAACUUUAUCAGCUUUAAUGUCGGGCCCAGAGCGAUAUCACGUAGAGAACCUCCAUGAUUUACACACUUUAAAAUACAAUAUCUAUCUUCAUACUAUCCUCGAAGACUACAUUGAUGGCGAAAAAUUGUGGUUAGGUUCGGAGCAAAAAUAUUUACACUAUAAAAAUACCUCAUCGGUUUUCCAUUGCUACCAUCGAGUUUUAAAUGACUCCAAUGCCGCGUGCAUUUCUUUUGUUAAUAAGUUACUACCGGCUGCAAUUAAAUACAAGAAUAAAAUAUUUACAUCGAGAUCGCAAUUUUUUAAGACAUACUACUCUUAUUGGACCCGGCGUAAUUGGGUAUUGAAAAAAUGA